GGGUGGCACGUGCGCUCCGCGGCCUGAGGCGGCGAAUGGCACGACUGACUUCAUCGCCCUCCGAAAGUGGAUUCUCGUCCUGUCGACCGUCCAGAUUCCCGGAGAGGAGCUUCGUCCGUUGUGGCUUCUGCUCCCCCCAGGCUCGACAAUGUUAAUCCUGGCUGGUCUCCAAAUUGACAGACCCCCCGACUCCAGUGAUAUCAUUCUGCAUCUGUUUCAUGUGCCCCUCGUGUUUCUGUAUGACAGCUGCUCACCGUCGUCAUAAUUUGGAUUCUCCCCCUCCUUCCUCUGUGAAAUUGUUCUCUAUCCGAAAACCCAACCCUAGGCCGGCGUUGAUCGUCUGGACACGCUGCUCCUGCACGGAGAGUGCUUGUAGCAAUGGCGUUUGGUCAUCUCGCCGGUAAACGACCGCCCGGCCGGAAGUCUCGCACGCGCGAGGGCUUGCAUCUUCGGCCUCUGAAUGUGGAGAAGGGCGAAAAAAGAUUCUCAUCAGCAGAUGAUUCAUUUCCUCCUCAAGCUGCGACAUGGCGCAACAACCUCAUCGCGCUAUCCCAGCGUCGCAACCUUCUGUUUGUCGCCUACAGUCAUCAAAUCUAUGUCUGGGAACCCGCGGGGUCAUUCCAGAUGCUGGGCUCUGUCCCGUUAAUGAUCAUAACGCCUGUCAUGAAGGAACCUAAUGCUCGCGGGUUUAUCUCUCCUAAUUCUCCGCACGCGAUCAACAAUAUCCUUGUGGACGAUCUUGGUCGCGAGGAGGUUCUCCUACUCGUCACGGAUUCGGGGAACGUAUGUGGUUAUCGAACCGAGGCAAUUUUCUCAGCUUUGGCUCGUGCUGCAGAAGACGAUGAGAGUCGCCCUCUGAAUGGCUCACAAGUGGACCCGUUCUUUGUUGAGUAUGUCGAAGCCAGUGCAUGGGGGUUGGCUAUCCACAAGUUCGCUCGCUUGAUUGCGGUGAGCGCGAAUACUGGCCUAAUUACCGUUUUCGCAUUUGCCCUUGUAAAUCCUAUAUCUGGAGGGAGCAGCGAAUCGAGUCAGCGACUGGAAGAAGAGGUUGACUUGAGCGACUAUGGCCAAACCUGGCUCCACAUAACGACCAGCGAGCAGUUUGUGCAGUUACGACAUCGGAUGCCCGAGAAACACCGAACGCGCAACAUCAAAUUAACAUACACGGGGCAUUUUGCCAACAUCCCAUCCGUCUCUUUCCUCAAUUGCGACCUCGACCCUAAUGGUACCUGGAUGGUUAGCACCGAUAUCGACAAUAAACUCCUAGUUUGGAAAAUAUGGGACGGCCUUGGCGCAUUUAAUAUGUAUCAUUUCAACGACAUUGGUUUCAGGUCCUUUCACGACACUCUGCGCAACGACGAACGUGGCUGGUCUGUUAUCGCUCUUGACCCGCGCUCCUUUCAUCUUCUCAAGUCCACUGAAGAGGCGUGUGGUGGGAGGCCUCAACGCCGAGUAAAGGAUGGCCAGCCGGUGUUUGAUCUCACGAAGCUAAGUGGCCGUGUGCCGAAUGCCUCGCAUAUUUACAAUUACUUCCCUCCUGCUGUCAAGGCUGAGCCAGAACGACCGGUACUACCCGAUAUAUUCGGCCCUGAUUGUCGCAUCAGCAAGGGAGGUGGCACUCAAGGUGUGGACCGCGUGGCGUCCUCGGAAUCUAGUGAUGCCAAGGAGACCAAUCACUUCCAUACAAGUACUGGGUAUCUUCGCCCUUCAGACUCUGCUGAUGCCUUUAGUCAUCGCGCCGUCGAUGGUUCUGUUUACGACGAUAACAUGAGCCAUGGCAGCUCUUCUGAGCUGAAUCUUGAUGCGGAUUCCCAGCAAACCUCUGGCCUGGAGACCACGCAGCAAAUCAGUGAUUCGGACCACCAUACCAGCCAUGUUCCUCCCCGGACUCGUCGUCCCCCUCAAACAACGCCAGAGUUCCUCCAGGUUGCCCUGCUUGAAGCCCUCGGAGGGGGUGACAUGCAUGGUGCCGAGGAGUACUUUGACGGGUACUCGGUAUUGGAUGACGAUAGUUAUACCGAGGACGAAGAUAUGAAUGAUAUAGAUCUUGACCAAUCAUCGGAUGAUGGAGGGUCAUCGGCAACCGGGGCAGUCGCAUAUCAGGUCUUUGAUCCUCCAGUGAACUCGAGGUUCCCAAUCCUCCACUUUUCGCAAACCGACAUCCGACUAGUUGCUCAUCCGUUUGCUCCCCACGCAAGCGUUGUCUGCGGCGCACCGCUCCGACAGCCCUUCACCCACCCUAUCGUCUCCAUCCGAGCUUGCGAUCGGUUCAACAUGGUCAAAUAUGUCCCCGAACACGGUAUCGUUGUAGCCGCCUCUCAGAAAGGCCGUGCCGCGAUCAUCGCCCUAACCGAAUCCGAAGCCGCCGGGCUCUCUUUCCGAGUCGACUGGAUCGUCCCUUUCGAGAGCCAGGAAAAAUACGGCGACCGUCCCCUGAUCCCUCUUCUCGGCAUGUCCGUGAGCCCCAUCCAGGGGUUCGAAAUGCCCCCCGACGUCCCUUAUAUCCCUCGCGAUGUCGACGAGAACGACCUCACCUUCCGCUACCAACACAUCUCCGACGACGACACAGACAAUGCCUCUAUUGCGGAACGAUCAUCGGAUCGCUCGUUCAGCGAACUCAACAUCCCCUCCGAUCUCUCCGACAUCAGCGAUGAAGCGGUACACGGCCACCACGUGCAUCGAUCUCCCCCUACCUUGCCCGAGUGCCACGCUCGCGCAACCCGCGCCUACCAGCCCGAGGAGCGCUGGCGUGGAUGGAACCCAUCCCGACGCUAUCGUCUGCUCCUCAUGUACGCAGACCACACGGUCAUGAGCUACGAAUUCUGGUACAAUUGGAACACCGCAGGCACGAAAGCCGACGAGAGCGACGAGGAUGAAUUCCUCGUGGUCUAAUCGAAAUCCGGCCCGAACGAGAUCAACCCACGAAAAAUGACAUGAGAUGUGUGAAAUGUCUGAACGGGCUCUGUCUCUAUAUCCAUUAUCUAUUCACUUUUCUCGCUUGAUGUGAAUUCUCGGUAUAAAUUUGUCUAUUUUUCUGCUCAUAACUUCGGGGAUAUUUUCUAUGUCGUAUCUUUCAUCGUUUUAUUUGUCUCAUUUCUUAUUUUUUUCUGUGACCCCCUCAAUGUUAUUAACUUGAUACCAUACCAUCGUGCUAUCUCGCGAUCUUGUGACCUAUGCAUGCUUACUUACUUGUUUGUUGUUUGGCGUCUGAAAAUGAAAGUAAAGACUGAGUCUUCCAGCUGACGCUGACUUUACCUACCCGGUAUACUCUACCACCAUGUACAUAUGAAUCACCUACCUAACUACCAAAACACCCUUUGCAAAGUACGACUCUCUCACAGGUUGUAUCAUAUGGUAACACCUUAAUUUCUUACUGCUGAGCUAUCUCAUUCCAUAGGUCUCGGAUUUUUAUCAAAGUCGUGAAUUUAGAUCAUGAUAUACAUUGCAGAUAUAUUCCUCCUUUCACCCUUUUCAACUCUGGAUAUGUAUGUACCUAGGUAAGAAAACAGUUUAUACAAACCCAGCAGGCGAGCCAAGAAACUUAAAAGAAACACGCUGGCACCAGCUCGCUAACAUAAUGCAAGUAUUCAUCAAGUUCAUAAAUGUAACAGGGUAAAUGGCCAAUCCAAAUCCAAAAAUCAUAGGAAGGUUUGCCCCUUCUGCUAUCAUCACUCUAUUAAGGAUGCAGUCGUGACACAAUUAAAAGUCAUCGUCAAGUUCGUCACUGUCCCAUUCGUCUUCUCGGUCGUUUUGGACCAAGUCCAAGAAUCGUUGGAGUCCUGGAUGUCUCACUGGUCCCGGUCGAGCGACGCCAUCUCCAUUGGCUUGCGGCCGGGGCCCAUCAGCACCGGGACGACCUCGCACUUCGGCGAUGGCUUGUGCCUGGGCUUGUCUCUCUGCGGCGGCCGCCAUGCCUGCCGCGUCGAGGUUGUUUGCAUUCCCGUCGCCUUCGCGGUGCCUGGGACCGUUUGCGCCCUGGUUAGCUCGCGGCGGCGCAGGGGCGGGAGGUGGAGGUUGUCCCUGAAAACGCCAUGCAGGCUGGUCCUCGUCAUCGCUCUCGUCAAAAUCGACAAGGUGGUCGGGAAUGCGGUGGAGAGCCUCGGCACCAUCCGGAUUAAUGCCGUCGCCACCUUCCAUGUCCCAGAGUCGAUUGUAGCACCCGCUAUCAAACUCGUUAAAAUGACGGUAAGGGUUGUCUUCCGAGAGCCAACUGGAGCAGAGGUAACAGAAGUGCGUGUCGCACUUGAAGCAUAUCAUGUGGUUACAUCCCAUUUGCUUCUGGCAAGGAGCGCUGCAUGUCGGGCAAGGAGAGGUGUACAUCUUCAGAUAUUCUUCUGUAGCCUUUUCUUCUGCCGACAGUUCCGCCUCCCGCCGAGGGAAGCAGCGCACCAGCUCGCCAUGCCAGCCUUUUUUACAGACACUGCAGAAAGCAUAAUUGCAGUCUUCACAGAUAGCAACACGGUCUGCCAUUGGGGGUAAUUGGGCCUCAUCUCCAAGAGGGUCAAAGGCGACCUCGUCGUCUUCAUCGUCAGAGUCCUCCAGGUCAUUUGCCAUGGGGUCCGUAGGUUUCGGGUGUUUUUUAGAGCGAGCCGCGCCCUGACACCAUUGCCGGGGGCAAUACACCGUCGACUUAUCAGCCUCGAGCUUCUUCUUUCGCUUCAGAAAAACAUAGCGCUGCACUGUUUCCUGUUCCAAAGGGAUCUGGAGAAGCUCGCUGGGACUCAAUGUACGGUCGUUCUUUUUCCGUUUCUUCCCUGUGGCUUCCCCACUUGAAGCGGUUUUUGGCUCCUUGCCACAGUCGGGUGAUAAACAUUUCACAUUGUCCACAUCGCCUUCUGUGAUACAUGUUUUGUAAAAGUCCUGAAGACAGGGCACACAGAACACAUGAGAGCAGGGAAGCAACCGGUGGCAAUUGGCGCCUUUUUUGGGCUCCAAACAGACACCGCACUCGAAGGUCUCCUGCUCAAACUUCUCUUUCUCGGCCUUGUUGUUAAAGUCCAGCAGAGAAAUCUUUAGCUCCCGGGGAAGCCGAAUCUCGCCAUUGGGGAUGUCUUGGAUUCCGAAAGCCGUCUCAGCGAGCUGUUGAAGAUGGUCAAUGUACGUGAAUAUGACCAGGUCCUUCCCGCAUUCUUCCCAGAGGCGUUUCCCAUCAUCCAAAAGACCCGAAACAAUUGAAGAAGGAAGCCAUGAUGGAUCGGUGCUGAUUUUGACAAUGGGUGGCUGCAAAGAAGGAUAGCCUUCGGGAAGAUCGACCACGAGAGCAAUCGGGGGAAGAUGAGGAAGGAAGUGUACAUCGUUUCCGGUAUCAACAGUGAAGGAGUUGUCGCCGGGUUUCGUCGUAGGUGUGGAACGAACUUCGGCAGCACCCAAAGAGUUUGGAGGAGUCAAAACAGUGGGUGACCCAGCUUCUGCGUGCUGCUCAAAGCAAACCCGCAGGGGUGCCGAAGGCUUCACGGGGAUAUCCAACGAUGCUCGGAAGGGAGUCGACGGAUCGAUCUUGAUUUCCGGGUAUAUCGCCUCAAUCGACGACAACUCUACGAAGCGAUCGUCAUCGGGGAUCUCAGAAUCCAUAGUGACGCAAGCAGGAGGGAACUAAUCGAUGCUCAACGAUCAAUUCGCCGAUGCGGCGUUGUACUGGUGGCAAACUUCACUCUUCGGUUGGUGACUUAUUAUAAUGAUAUCUGGAGAUAGAUCAAGAACGUAGUGUCGCCGAAAGUAUUCAUCCCUUGGAGAGAACCGAUGUAAAGAGGCAAGGGAAGGAAAAAAGGUCGACCGACUGGAAGGUAGUGGGGUGGAGGUGACGGUGGUGAGGCUCUAAGAUAGAAGAAGGAAUGAUUGUAGAUUAGUCAAGGCCCAGCGUUUCCCGGUUUGGUAUGUGGCGACGAUGGAAGGGGCCAAGGCAGUCGAUCGGAGCGAAGAGAACCAGAUGGAUCACGGAGACGAAGGAGCUGUCAGAUGGUGCAAUUCAAGCGAGACUAGCCAGGAGCAGAAUUGGAGAUUCGAGGGGAAGGGGAAGUGCGUCAUUUUCUGGCUGUUGCGAUAAGAGCGUAAUGGCAGAAUGAAUGAGUCAGUUUAUCAGUUUAGAAACCGAUGGACAAGAGGGAAGUUGAAGGAAUCUGAAUGGAAGAGAGAGGAGGAGAGGAAGAGAGGAAGUAGAGAGAAAAGGAAGCCGUGGCCCUCAGGCAAUCAGGCAUUGAGUUUGGAUGCCCAGGCCAUUCUUUUUGUUACUGA